CCACCUAACCAACUCAAGUCAACAUUCGACAGCAAAUUGACAGUUUCAUAUUUAUAAGCGGUUUUUCUGAACAUUUUUUUACUGUUUGAAAACUGUGCUUGUUUAGAAGAUAAAAAUAUUGGUACCAUUAGGAGAUAUGAUAUAAAUCGCAAAACAUGUCAAAAGACAUUCGGUCGUUUUUCACUGUGCUUUCAAAAAAGCCUUCUGCUGCUUCUUCAUCAAAUACGAAUCAAGUUAAAAGGCCAUCAGUUUUACUAGACUCUGAUGAUGAUGAUGUUAUAAAGGGUACACCAGAAAAAGCAGCAAAAGUUCGGAAGGCUAAACGUAAAGUUAAAGUGUUGAGCUCUGAUUCGGAAGACGAUGGCAGAUCGAAGAAAAAUGCGUCUUUGAAAAAGCAGAAAGUCACUGACACUAAACAAGAAAAUACUACAAAACCCCAAUUAAAGCCAAUCUCUAUUGAUAGUCUUAACCAACCUAUUAAACAAACUGAGGUAAAGUGUAAUCUCACUGAAGACAUAGAAAUUGGAAAAAAGCCACAACAUGCUUCACAACCAAAGAAGGAGAAACGCAAAAAGCCUAAACAUGUUGAACUUGGAAUUCACGAAGAUAAAGAUUUUGAAAAGACUCUAGAAAUGUUGGACGAAGACGCCGAUGAUACUAUAUUGUUAGAUAAUCUAGAUUUAUUGGAUAAAACUAUUGAAGAAGCCACCUUACCAAAAAGCGGAAAUACUGUGACUUCACCAUCCACUAAAAACCAGUCAUCGGCGGUUACGCCUAAACAAGUUUGUGCCAAAGAUAGUGAACCAGCGAAAUCUGAAAAAGAUGCCAGGAAUCUCAAAACAAAUAUUGUACAUGUUAUUGAUGACACACCCAAAAAAGCAGGAAAACGGCAGAGGAAAACUUCUGAAACUAAUUCAACACCAAAGAAAAGAGCAAAGUUGGAACACAUUGACUCUGGAAUCGAUCCAGAUAUUGCGAAAACCGAGAGGAAACGGCAAUCUGCCGGAUUAUAUGUUGCUUACCUGCAUAGGCCUGGACCAAAGAACCAUGGAACAAAAGAAUAUCCAAAGGGAACUCCUAACUGUCUCGCUGGAUGCAUCUUUUUGAGAACAGGUGUAUUGGAUUCUUUAGAAGGAGAAGAGUUUGAAAAUCUAGUUACGGACCAUGGAGGCAAAGUAGUUCAUUCUGUAUCCAAAAAAAUUAGUUAUGUGGUGGUUGGCGACGAGCCUGGUCCAUCCAAAUUAGAAAAAGCUAGGAAGUAUGGUUUGCCGGAAAUAUCGGAAGAUGAUUUCUUGGACUUGAUUUUGCGAAAAUCAGGAAUGAAAGCAAAAUAUACAGUGAAAAGGGAAUGUGAUGAUUUUGGAGAAUCUGGAGAGCAAACAACUGAGAUUAAUGAAGCUGUUCCAACAUCUGAUAAAAACAGCACACUUGAAAGCGGAAACCAACCGCUUAAAAACAAUGUAGAAGAAAUUAAUUGUAAACCGAAAGUACAAUCUCAUAAAGUCAAUAAUAGUGAUAAACCGAGCGCAGAUGGAAAUCAAGAUCUAAGUAAUGGUGAUAAAUCUGAAAACUUAGUACCUAAAAAUAAAGUUGUAUUAGAUUUGCAACAAAAAGAGACUGCCGUGCAAACUCAAGAGUCUGUGAAGUCUCGUUCCAUGCCACAGAAUAUUUCGUCUGAGUGUAUGGCAUGGACGGAUAAAUACAAACCCACUAAUGUGAAUGGUAUUAUAGGACAAAAAGAUAGUAAUAGUAACAUGAACAAGCUUAAAAAAUGGCUUCAGAACUGGUUUAAAAAUGCAGACCCUGAAAUAAGAAAAAAAUUACCCAGACCAACUCUUUAUCAUCAGUAUGAUGGUGCAUACUUUAAAGCAGCUCUUCUGAGUGGUCCCCCCGGAGUCGGAAAAACCACAACUGCUACGCUGGUUGCUAAAGAAUUGGGAUUUGAUAUUGUGGAAUUUAACGCAUCAGAUACAAGAAGCAAAAAGUUGUUACACGAAGAAAUAUCACAUAUGAUGAAGUCAAAAACUGUUGCUGGUUUUGUAUCAGGCCGUAAUAACAUAAACCAGAAAAGGGUUUUAUUAAUGGAUGAAGUAGAUGGCAUGGCGGGAAACGAAGAUAGGGGCGGUAUUGCUGAAUUGAUUAAUUUUAUCAAAACGGCAAGUUUUCCAAUUAUUUGCAUGUGUAAUAAUAGGGACUUACCCAAAAUGAGAAGCCUUGUCAAUCACUGUUUUGCGUUGAAGUAUACCAAACCAAAUGUUAUGCAAGUUAAGGGAGCAAUGAUGUCGAUUUGCUUCAAGGAAGGUCUUUCCAUUGAAUCCGAAGCUUUGAGUCGCCUGAUUACGGGAACUGGAUGUGAUAUCCGACAAACCAUUAACCAUUUGGCAAUGUGGUCGGCUACAGAAAAAGCUCUCACCACUGAAAAGGUGACAAAGGACUCGAAAAACUCGCAAAAAGAUGUGGUAUUUGGCGCUUGGGAUGUCAUCAGAAAAGUUUUUAACAAAAGCGAAAAUGAAAACAUGAGUUUAUUGGACAAGUCGCGAUUAUUCUUUUAUGACUAUAGUUUUGGACCGAUGUUUGUCCAGGAAAAUUAUUUGACUGUUCAGCCCGAAUGCACCGGAUCCAAAGGGAAAAAAAUCGAAACUCUUAUACGACGCCACUUAACCGCAGAUUGCUUGAGCAGAAGUGAUCUUAUAGAAUCGAAAAUCAGAAGUACUAAUAACUGGUCUCUUCUGGAAAGCCAGGCAUUUCUGUGUACCGUAAUGCCAAGUUACUAUUUGUCAGGGAAGAUGGAGCAAGUGCGUUUUCCGAGCUGGUUCGGUAAAAACUCACAAAGGAAUAAGAGUUUAAGAAUCGCUGGCGAAUUUUAUUCGCAUGCGAGGACAAGUAUUUCAGCUGAUAAAACAUCACUCCGUUUAGACUAUGCUGAGCCUUUAAUGAAGCGACUUAUGCGACCGUUAAUGCAGAAACAAGCCGCUGGUAUUGAUGAUACUUUGGAUGUUAUGAAAUCCUAUAGUUUGCUUAGAGAAGAUUUAACUAAUCUGUGCGAACUUACGGCUAACUUCACGCCCAAUAAGCGCAAUCCUUUUGAUUGCGUGAAUUCCAGCGUAAAGUCAGCGCUAACCAGGAAAUAUAACAAGACCGUGACACUGAGUUUUGCUCCACCGAGCGCAGCGAAGAAGAAAAAAGGCGCUAAAGCAGACGAAGAUGUUUUUGAGGAAGAAGCAUUUUCAGAUGAGGAAGCAACUGAUGAUGAAGUGGGCAGUGAUGCUUUGAUUAAAGUGAAAGAAAGCAAGAAGGCGAAAGGAAAAAAUGUUAAAGGCGAUAAGAAAACGGGGAAAGGAAAGAACAAGUAGGGGACCCUAAUAAUUAACUUUCGUUUCACUUCGGUUUAUUUUUUGUCUUUUUAUUGACGUCUUAUUUGUCUUAUUAUGAAAUGUUUCAGUCAUGUUUGACUAUUUGAUUUACCGCUUUAUAUACAUCUAUAAAAAUA